AUGGCGGCCGACAGGAGUUCGAAAAAGAGGGCGCGGCCAGACGCAAUCUCUCCCAAUGGCAGCGACGACCAGACGCUGACGACGGCGAACAUGCCCAUCCGCACCUCCAAAGACGCCGCCCUCGAUCAACUUGGCCUCGUGGACUUUCUCCGUCACGACACACGCCCGACGUGCAUCGUCGACACAGCGGCAGGCUACAUCGCCUACCGCAAUCCCGCCCUCGAACGACUGCUCGCCGGCACCUGGAACCUCCAGCACUUUCGCGACUGGGCCACGACUCUUAGCCCACACCCGCAGGCCGCCAGCUUUGGAGGAAGAGCAUGGAACUGCAUACUACAAGACCACAGAUGGCUCAUCGCCAGUGCUCAAGAAGAGGCGCCUCUUCCGGCGGUACGCGGCCCACCAAUACCGUGCACCACAUCGCAAAACAGCAACCCAGGCACAUCAUCGUCCGACUCGCGCCGCCAGUCCGUCGCAUCCUCGUCAUGGCGCACCGUGUCCGACGAGGGCGGCCAGCGCUACCUCGAUUGGACCCGCGCUCCGUCUCCCGCCAUGUCGGCCCAUAUGCACCUGGUGCGCAACUUUGCCUGGCAGGACACAACCAUCGGCAGCAUCCAGUCCUGGCCCGAUGCCCUGCGACAGGCCGUCCUCUCUGCUAUGGCUAACCCGGAUCCACGUCUGCUACUCUGGGGAGACGACCAUGUCAUGAUCUACAACGAGGCCUGCAUUUCCAUGUUUGGCGAGCGACACCCCCGUGCCCUGGGCUCCAAAGCCGAAGAUACGUGGUCAGACAUCUGGUCUGACAUGUACCACUUGAUCAAAUACGUCCAGGUCGAAGGAAGAGGCACCCGCCUGAACAAGCUCCCUCUCGUCAUGGAACGUAACGGAUACCCCGAGGACACCUUCUGGUCUUUUAAUCUGAUUCCAGUCGUCGGUCCUCAUGGUUCCACCAUCGGCAUCAUCGACGAGUUCUCCGAAGUCACCGAACACGUCGUCAGCGACCGUCGCAGAGAUUCCAUUGUCAAGAUCAACAAGGCAAUCGCCAAAGUCAACAGCGUCAAGGAGCUUUGGUUCGAGUUCCUCGAGGGUAUCGAGCCUUGCAAGGAUGACAUUCCCUACGCUCUUCUCCACACGAACCACACUGCUGCCAACAAUCAUUCUAUGCCCGACAACAUCUCGGCCUCUUCUGGCUCAAGUCCACAGCGCUACUUCCUCGAAGGUUCAAUUGGCCUUGCUGCAGGUCAUCCUGCCGUCCCUUUGACAUUUGAUCUUGCCGACUGCGCCCAUGACCAGAACCCUCUUGCACGUGCCUGCUACAAGGCCUGGAAGACUGAAGAUGCGGUCGUCUUGCAGCUCAAAGACGGUAGUCUGCCUCAAGUCCUCCAUCAGGGUGUCCCUGGCCGAGCUUCAGGCGACAAGGCACAAACUGUCUGUGUUAUUCCAGUGCCCGACAUGUCCGGUGGCCAAAUAAUGGCUUUCUUGACUCUAGCACUGACUCCCCGUCGGCCAUACGAUACAGAGGCUGCCAUGUUUGCUUACUAUUUGCGUGAUAUCCUGGUCAAGUCUGCCUCGGCCAUCUGUCUUCCCGACGAGCAACGUCGGGCGCGUCAGAAGUUUGAACAAGUCGAGGCAUCUCUAGCCCAACAACUACGUGUCACUGCACUCGAGACUGAGCGUCUGGAGAGCCGGUUUGCACGAAUGGCUCAACUUGCUCCCAUUGGGAUGUAUGCCAUUACGCCAGACGCUCGUACCACUUUCCACAACCAAGCCUAUCUCGAUAUCACUGGUAUCACCGAACAGUCCAUCGAAGCUCAGACCGACCCCUUGGAGUACCUACACCUCGACGAUCGUGAGAGGGUCAUGAAUGCCUGGCUUCAGUCUCUCGAGGAGAAGCAGACCUUCACCAUCGAGUAUCGUGUAAGCCGUCCAUGGUCCUUCACUGAUCCAAUUUCGGGAGAAACCUUGGACGGCGAUACUUGGGUCUUGGCUACCGCAGCACCGGAACUCGAUGAAGAUGGUAAUAUUGUCCACAUCCAAGGCUGGUUACUCGAUGUCAGCCAUCGCAAGUAUCACGAAAAGUCUCGUAUUGAGCAGAUCGAAAUCGAACAGUCAGAGACUAGAUUCGCCCGCUUGGCUGCAGAUGCUCCUUUGGGCAUGUAUCUUUUGAAGCCCAAUGGCGAGCCAUUGUAUCUCAAUGAAGCAUACUUCAGAAUACUUGGCUUUACCAGAGAAGAGUUUGAGGAUGCUCAGCGACGCGGAUUAGGUUGGGGUGACAGGAUCCAUGACGACGACCAAGCCAAGGUGGGCGAGGCAUGGCUGGCCCUGGCUCAGCAAGGCAUCCCACUGAAUCUGGAAUAUCGCAUCAAGAAAGACUGGAAGUACAUGGACGAAGCUAGUGGCCUCGAGAUGACGGGCGAGACUUGGCUACAAGGUACAGCCAUAGCUGAGAUUGGCAUCGAUGGCUCAGUGGUCGCAAUACAAGGUUUCGUCACCGAAAUAUCAAUGAAGAAAGCUUCGGAACGCUUGCUUAGCGAGAGAUUGGAGGAUGCUCUCGAACACAAACGUCAAGCAGAUCGAUUUAUCGACAUGACCAGUCACGAGAUGCGCAACCCACUUUCAGCAAUUUUACAAUCUGCCGACGGUAUCUUGACGACACUCGAGAACAACAAUCGUUUAGGCAUAUCAACUGGAUCAACGACUUUCAGUGGCGACGUCCUGGAAACCGUACUGGACUCGGCUCAAACCAUCAUCCUUUGCGCUCAGCAUCAAGGUCGUAUUGUCGACGAUAUUCUAACCUUGAGCAAGCUCGACUCGAAUCUGCUUGUGGUAUCACCAGACACAGUGGACAUGCCAGGUUUGAUGGAGAAGUGCUUCAAGAUGCAUGAAGCAGAACUUGUCAGAGCCAAGAUUAGCAUCAGCCUUCGCAUUCAUGAGGGCUUCCGCAACCUGGCCGUUGGUAGAGUCAUGCUUGACUCCAGUCGCUUGCUGCAGGUCAUUAUCAACCUUCUCACCAAUGCCAUCAAAUUCACACAAUUUGCCAGCCGCAAGCAAAUCACGGUACAUCUAGACGCUUCCUUGACCCGACCGAAAGAGGGAAUGUAUGGAGCUCCUUAUGUUCCCUUUCGUGUCAACAGGCCUGAGCACCACUUUACCGCAGAAUGGGGAACUGGCGAUGAAAUCUUCUUGUCGUUGUCAGUUCAAGACAGCGGUAAGGGCAUGAACGACGAAGAGCUGAAGUUGCUUUUCAACCGCUUUUCACAGGCCAGUCCCAAGACCUAUAAGCAAUAUGGAGGCAGCGGUCUCGGUCUGUUCAUCUCGAGAGAGCUCACAGAUCUACAAGAUGGUCAGAUUGGCGUGCACAGCGAGCCUGACAAGGGCAGUACAUUCAGCUUCUACAUUAAAGCUACAAGAGCAGUCGACGAUGACGAAAUUCUGAGAGAAGGAACACUGACCACUCCGACACUAAACACGCCUGUCACCUAUACCCGCGAUCCUGCUUCUAACUCCUCUCAAGUCAGCAACGAUACCCAGACACACGACAAAACACAGAAUGUUAUCCGCAAAAUGUCCGCUGUGGCUAGCGAUCUCACCGAAGAGAAACCACACCUUCAUGUGCUGGUAGUGGAGGACAACAUCAUCAAUCAACGCACCUCUUUCUGGGCAUCCCACCCCGCAUCAAGACAGAAACAUGAGGAAGCACCAAGUCCGAAGACAAUGCCGCAAUCAAACAUCAUCCCUCUCUCCGUCGUCCUUAUGGAUCUGGAGAUGCCCGUCCUCGGCGGUCUGGAAACAGUAAAAAGAAUUAGAAGCCUACAGAGUGAAGGCAGUAUCAUCGGACACGUCCCCGUCAUUGCAGUAACAGCAAACGCGAGGAGCGAACAGAUUGCCGUUGCCAUCGAUCAUGGUAUGGACAGCGUCGUAACAAAACCUUUCAGGAUCCCAGAACUGGUGCCCCAGAUGGAAGGCCUGGUCAAGAGAGUGGAGCAAGGCAGGACUGGCAGAAAGUCUGUCGUGAAAGAUGGGAAGUCUUCUAUUGUAUGA